CAGUUCCAGACGCAAGGCGUAGCGGUUCGUUCGUUGGAGGACAUUACUAGAGGACAACCAGCAUGACAGUCCGACAGACCAGCAGUGCGUUGUGCAGCUGCAUGCUACGAGCUGGAAAUAGCAGUUCUGGCGGCCGGACUGCCCGUGCGCGCUCUCAAGCUCAGCGGGCUCUGUUGCACUCCAGCCGAGUUGACCGGCUCGAGCAGGUCUCCUCUGGGUCUUCAGAAUCUGCUCCUAUAUCGCCUUCGAAACACAGCACAGCCUCCGAACAGCAUUCUACUGAAGCAACUCCAGGAUCACAGGCGGUAGAGCCGAGAAUUUUUGCGUCUCUUUUGCUUUCUCGGCCGCCGUUCCUCACACGAACCCCAACCUCCUUUGAGUCGGCAAUCUUCGACUACAACGCCAAGCUGCAUCGCUUACUCGCUCAGCCUUUCCCAAAGGAUUUCUAUUUCAAGAAAGGGAGUGCUGCUGAGGGUAAAUUCGACGAGCUUGAAGCAGAACGACAGAGGACGAGCUCCUUUCCUUCUUCGCAUUCUUCCGAAACUGCCAAAGACACAGCGGGCAAAGGCAAAGAGAAGCGUCAGGAAGCUGCGGCUUCAUCUGUCGCACGUACAGAUGCUGCAGAUGAGGUCGUAUAUGGAGCAUCAGCGGAAAAUGCGCCGGAUAAGGAGCUUUAUGCUGUCCUCCCUCGUCGGACCGCAGCAGACGAGGCGAAUGACGUGAAGAGUCUGGAAAGGCAGGGCGAGCGAACCCUUUACCUGGUGGUCAAGGCUGCCGGACAGAAAGGAUGGCGCUUCCCCGCUGAUGAGGUGGACCGAUCGGCGUCGCCAGCAGAAGCAGACUCCGAGCAAGGCGGGGCGGAUCCUAAAGACAGCUUACAUCACGCGGCACCGAGAGCUGUGCGCAAGUUGCUUGGCAAUGAAAUGGACAUCUGGAUGGUCACCAACGCGCCGGUCGGAUUACUCAAGAAUGGAGACCGAGAAAAGACAUACUUUUUACCUGCGCACAUACUGGCGGGCAAUGCUGAGCAGGACAAGAAUGUCGAUUUUGGGUGGCUCACAAAGGAAGAAAUCGAAGAGGGAUUGGUUGAGGGCUCAGAGGAGGACAAGAGCUACUGGAAGACGGUUGGCAAGCUUCUCACGCGAUAAUCGCAAUACAUGCUGUGCGUAGCGACUAUGUUUGCUCUUUUGAAAUACGAUACGCAGACUUUCCGCGCUGUGAUACAGACGGCAUUGCU